GCCGGGCGGCGGAGCAGCUACCUGUGUGGCCCGGGCGGCCGGGACCUGCCGGAGACAUCGCCAUGUGAAGGGGCAGACCCCGGCCGGCUCUCCACCCCGCCUCGCUCAAUGGGAGAUCUAUCUGCCUUCGCACAGACCAUGCUCCCAAAGACUGUAUGAUCGUUUCUGGUGACCGCCAGCGGAGGCUCAGUGGGGCCGGUGCAGCGGAGCAGGAGGCCGAGGGGUUCCUGCUGCCCCUCAGGCAGAGGUGGCGGCGUGUGGCUGAGCCGCAGUGAGGUGCCGGCUUCAGAAGCGAGCAGAGAGCAGAGCUGUCCUGAGCUGCUCUGGAUCCCAGGAGGAAGCGGAGUGGCGGCAGCAUGGACAAGGACGGCACCAACCUGGCCGACCAGCAGUAUGAGUGCGUGGCUGAGAUCGGCGAGGGGGCCUACGGGAAGGUGUUCAAGGCCCGUGACCUGAAGAAUGGCGGCCGCUUCGUGGCGCUGAAGCGGGUGCGGGUGCAGACCAGCGAGGAGGGCAUGCCGCUGUCCACCAUCCGGGAGGUGGCCGUCCUCAGGCACCUGGAGACCUUCGAGCACCCCAACGUGGUCAGAUUGUUUGAUGUGUGCACCGUGUCACGAACAGACAGAGAAACCAAGUUAACAUUGGUGUUUGAACAUGUGGAUCAAGACUUGACUACUUACUUGGAUAAAGUUCCAGAGCCUGGAGUGCCUACUGAAACUAUAAAGGAUAUGAUGCUUCAGCUGUUUCGGGGACUGGAUUUUCUGCAUUCACAUCGUGUGGUGCAUCGGGACCUGAAACCCCAAAAUAUCCUUGUAACCAGCAGUGGGCAGAUAAAGUUAGCUGACUUUGGCCUUGCACGAAUCUACAGUUUUCAGAUGGCUCUUACGUCAGUGGUUGUUACUUUGUGGUAUAGAGCUCCUGAAGUUUUGCUUCAGUCCAGCUAUGCAACGCCAGUUGAUCUUUGGAGUGUUGGUUGCAUAUUUGCAGAAAUGUUCCGUCGAAAACCACUCUUCCGUGGAAAUUCAGAUGUUGAUCAGCUAGGAAAAAUCUUUGAUGUAAUUGGACUCCCAGAAGAAGACGACUGGCCUAACGAUGUCGCCCUUCCAAGAAAUGCUUUUGCUUCCAGACCCGCACAACCCGUUGAAAAAUUCGUACCAGAUAUUGAUGAAAUGGGCAAAGAUUUGCUUCUUAAAUGCUUAGCGUUCAAUCCAGCCAAGAGAAUAUCUGCCUAUGCUGCCCUGUCUCACCCAUAUUUCCAUGGUCUGGAGAAAUGCAAGGAGAAUCUGGACUCUCACAUGUCAUCCAGCCAAAACUCCAGUGAGGUGAAUGCAUCAUAAUGCUGACUGAAGACGAACCUAUAAAUGAACAAGAUGCGUAGCUGACAAGGCCACUGUCCCAUACAAACCACAUGGCUGUUCUAGUGAAGAUCAUUGUUUGGAGGUUUUACACACCUGUCUUUCAUUUUGGGAUUGCGAUGCGCUUAUCCAAGGAAAUCAACGUAGUUUACUUUCAUCAGAGCAAUGCAAGGGCCGGGGCUUUGGCCUGCUCCCAUUGCAGCUUUAUGUUUGUUUUGUUUUUGUUUUGUUUGUCUGCCUGGGAAAACUCCAGACGAAGAGAAGCUGCUGACCAGUUUUGCUGCCGUUUUAUCCUUCUAAAGUUGAAUGCUGCCAGUGUGGAGUAGGAUGAUGAAGUCACUGCCAAAACAGGAUACAAUCUCUCUCUAGCUGCUGAAGCACGAUUUGGUACUUUUACUAUGAUGGUGUGAUCUUUUAGAGUGAUAUUUAAAGAAUGGCAUUGAAAUAUCAGAUCUCUGCAACCUGCAGUUACCUGAUACAUACAAUUAAUACAUCCAGCUACUGUGCACUCAUAGAUUACAUGCAGGGCCUUCCGCACCUGAAAACUCGGAUGGAUUAUUUUGUGACUUCAUCGCUCUAUACAAACAAGUUAUGAUAGUGAUCAUAAUAAAUGUCUCAGCUUUUAGGGUUUUUGUUAAAUACACAAACAAGUUAUUAUCUAGUUAAGAUUGUGUGCAUGUUUCAAAAGCGAGUGUUUAAAAAAGCUUAUGAGGUCCUGUUCUUCAAGAUCUGUUCAGUUUCCAAAUGGUCAGUUUACGUUGGAAUCCAUGUACGUUCUAACCCGUCAUCUAACCCAUCAUUCCUUCCUGGAAACAGCUGCAAACACACUUUCUCUCUCUCAUUCCGAACCUUCUGAUACGCAGCUCAAAGAUACAAGCAGAGCCAAUGAGGAUGAAUACAGGUUUUCAUCUUUAACCUGUUCUCAUCAUUAUCUGAAAAGGAACAUAAAGCAAAUAUUUCCAGUUUGGAAUGAGAGAAUCCCAUACCUGUUAAGUACAGUUAUUUACCUGUGCGGAAUUGUAUGCUGUAUACUGUGCUGCCUUACCUACAACAGCCCCCGUGCAUCUCAAGUGCAUGAAUAUUACUGUCACAAAAUGCCUCAGAUGUUGCUUAUUAAGAAGACUUGUUUUCUAUGCAGAAAUGCAUGAGCUUCUCUCCUAAGCCACCAUGUGGUACACUGGCACAUGCUUCUCCACUAGGCUCAAUGUGCCAUUACUGAAUGUCAAAAUAACGAAGCAAUUCACAUGCCUUUAUAGAACAGUAAUUUUAAAUAUUACAUUAAAUUUUUAUAUUUAGUAUUUUUACCUUAACUAAAAACUAUUUUCAGUAUUUUAAAAAGAAGCGUUUAUUUUUUUUUUAAUACUCUACUGGGAAGAAAAAAGAAAAAAAAAAGAAAAAAAAAGAAAUAUUUCCAAUCCUCGAAAGCCAUCCCCUUGUAUGACUUCAGUGCAUUUACCUGGAUAUGACUUGGGGGAAAAAUUGGUCCAACGAGUUAACCCUGACCAUAAUAGUAUAAAUAUACCCUACUGCAGUGUAACUGAUGAGAAGUGAGGCAGCCAGCUUUGCUUACUCCUACGACAGUCCCUUAGGCUACCCUCUUCCUCGUCUCUGUUUCUUCUGGUCUGGCUACAGAGCCAGCGUUCCACCCUUGCUCACAGCGCUUGGCAGAAGCAGGUCCUUAGCACUGAAUUGAGCAAUGUAAUUGUGCCAGACACGGCUCAGGAACCUGUAGCUGUCUCCUGGUGGGUUUCUCAGUGCUUGUUGUGGUGCACUUCACUGUUAACUCUGUUUCAGGUAUCUGUACUGUCUGGGACGUGGCCCCUUGCUAAGAUGGUGAGUGGAUCUUUCUGGUCUCCUGGAUAAAGCUUUCUUUACUGUUCGACACUUAAUCGUGCAACGUGUAGUUAACAUUAUGCCUUCUUUAAAUAGGCCAGAUUUUAAAAGGACCACUUAUGUACAUGCAUGCAGUGGCCUGUGCCUUUCUUCAUGCCCGGAAUGGUACCUGUUCAAAGCCUACCAGCAUGAACAGGCAAGUUGCAUAUUAGGCCUGGCAAGAGCACAUACGAGGCAUCUGCACAUGGGGAUAAUACAGAUGCACAGCACAAGAAUUCUGGAAGCUCCACCAGUGGCGAGCAGAAGGCCAAGGAGCAGCCACAGCAGCUCGCUCCUCUGAGCUCAGCUUUGCCUCUGCUGGUCUCUGCUCCUACAUCCAAGGAGAGCGGCAAGCUCAUGGUACUGGUGCUGAACCAACCCUGUUCCUCCGCCAUUCAGCAAACCUGAGUGGGAACAGGGCUUUGGUAUUCAUAGAGAAGAAUAGACCAACGUGGUAUUUUUGAUGACAUAUUUUAAACACUAACUAGAAUGACAAAUAGAGACAAAAGACAGGAGAAUCUUGCAACAGCAAUAAAAGUUCUGUACACAGUUAAGCACUUUUUAAAACAUUCCACAUGUUACCUGCCACCAAGCUUCUGUACGUACAAUAUCAGGGCAUUCAGCUGGCACUGCCUUGCCAUCAGCUGUCAGGGAACUUUCCCAGAGCUCUCCAAGAGCUGAUGUUGGGUGAACGUGGGUGUGGAUGUGGGUUUGGGGUGUUGCUGUGCACUUAGACUCCAGACUCUCAGAUAGUGAUGUGCAUCUGCUGCCUGGUAGGAGAGCUGGGUGUACUGGGCUUAGCAGCGCAAAGGCUGGAAGAGAAUAUGGUUGCGGACUGUAGGCAAGUUGUUAGGGCAAAAUAAAAAGAGAGGGAAGUUAACGCUUAAUGCCAAAGCUUAGUGUGGGCCCAAGAAUGAGAGAAAUAAAAGUGGGAAUGUACUACCAGCUUGUAGUAUCAGAAGUGGAACUCGAGCAAGCAGCAGAGAAAAGCACGGGUGGCAUGUGGAAUUGGAAGCAGAGCUCCUGCAACAUGGUGCUGUACAUGGUCUAAUAUAGGAUCAGGUUAAAUGUGGGAGUUUUCAGGAGAAAUAGCUUGAAAAAGGUUGUGUUGAUGGUCAUGUUCUGGAACAAACAUCCAGUGGGAGUGACAGGAACCAAAAUAAGAGAUCUCUGUUGACAGGGCUGGGAAAAAAGAUCCUUUUUCCCACGUGAUAGCAAUGGACUGGACUCAAAGGCCCAAGGACUUCCCAGAUGACCUCCUUUUCAAAAUCCCUUCAGGAAGAAAUUCCAGCAGUCCUUCUCUGAUGUGCCUUAGGCUUCCUCUUAUUCCCACCUACCCUGCCAAGCCACGAGGCUUCACAUACCCUGGUAAACCAAGGAGGGCUGUUCUCUAGAUAGGCAAAAAGCUGGCACUGGCUGACAGCGUGUGAGAACCACGCUGCUAGUGAGACAGCACAAAGACAACUGGGAGACUGCUUACAUCAUGCUCUUGUUCCUUAUAUCUUCAUGGUGUGGCUGCAGUCCUCGAGUACCUUUACUUCUUAAUGCUGUAUGUGUAGGAUUAGAAUUAUACGUGUGAAAAAGUGCUCCUUGAUGCAGUUAGUCCAAACCAUGGUGACAACUCUUCGUAAACCCUUUAAAAAUCCUUCAGAACACGGUUCUUAAAAAUAACUCUGUCUGCAUGUGUUCUGCAGGACUGGUUCUACAGCAGCUGCAGCCCACUGCCUAGCAAAAAAUAUAUAUGAAAAGCAAGGGUGGAUGAUUAGCUCCUAGACCACCCGCAGCCAGACACCGCACUCUUCUCACCAGUCAAUGGGAUGUUCUGGGAAACAGAAGGAGCAGUUUCCAUCUCCCACCAAUGGGUUUGCUGUCCUUGCUACAUGAUUCUGCAGGGAUAAAAAACAGACAUGGCAGACAGGGAAAAAUCCCACUGAAGUCAGCUGGUGCCGUGCCACAGCAAUAAGACUGGGGCAGCCCCUGUCUCCUCACCCAGUCCCCAAACUCAGUCUAGCUCUGCAGUUCCUCUCUUCCAGCAUCCUUAUGGAAAACACGUCAAUGACACUCACAGGUGCUAUUUCCAGCAAGAUUCUUCCAAUGCUGCACAACGGCACAGUCCCCUCAGCCCCUUUUAUCAAGUGCUGCUUCUUUUAGUCCAGCAGCCCAGAAGAGAUGAUUUUAAAAGGCUCUCUGUGUGCAUGGCGUCACUUAACCUUAGUUUUGUGUACACCUUUGUUGCCUCCUGUGUGCCGGGUGAAAUUGUAAGAGCAGGGUUUGUGCGUAUCUCCGUAUUUCUGUGUAGGCUGUGCCCACACACCGGUUUUCUUUCUCCAGCACACUGGCUUACUAUGUGAAAUGCGAGGGGUGCCUUUCUGUCUUGAGUCCUAAAAUACAUUAAACAAUGAAGAUGUCAUGCUUGCAAAAUCUUGACACUUGGUGCUACAUGUGUGUAUAGAGCCUCUCACGUGAAAGGAAGCAGCAGAUUGUAGGCAGUAAUUGAGAAUCUUCUGCAUGGGAGAUGCUGUCCAGCAUCUUCACUGUGAUGUAGUUUUCAUACUUGAAGGCUGUUUUGGUGAAUAAGAAGUAAGUUCUGUGCCAUGCUACUUCUCGCAGGUUUCCUCACUGUCUUUUAGAAGCAUGUUUUAUUAUACAAAGGGAUCCUUCUCUCUGGUGUUUGGACAAUUUUGAUAUGGAAAAUAAUGACAAAACAUGCUGGCUUGGUCUUGUAGCCAACAAACUCGGAGCACUUAUCUGACUCACAACUGAAAGCACAUCAGUUGUUAAAUAUGUAUAUGAAUCAUAAGCCACAGUUUGGUUUAAAAGUCUACGUAAAUUAAGUAUUUGCCGUGUAUAAGACACAGAAGAAUAAUGAUGUUUAUUCUCAGAACUCUGUUUUAUAGAACCACUUUGUUAGUAUUUUUCUUAGGCAAUAGUUUCUGGAACAGAUUAAUUUUUAUGUACAAUGUGAAUGAGAAGAUAGACUAUUAGAGUGAUCUCUUGUUUUAUGCUUAAAGCUUGAAUUGAUCAGAAGCUUAGGAACCCAACUUAUUUAUUGUAUUGCCUCAAAACUGCUUCAAAGUAUCAAGAGCUUUCUUGAUUGACUGGGAUUUUACACCUCUCUUACUGUGUGAUUUCAUUGACAUUAGUAUAUUAGGGGAAAAAAAAAUGUUUUUCCAAAUUGCCAUUGUGGGAGAAAAAUGAAGAAAUUUAUUUUAAAAUUGACAUAGAAUAGUCUGUAAUAUACUAAAACCUUCAGUAACUAACUGUUAAUAAGCUAUCACUUCUCUUUCUACUAGGUUGCUAAACAUUGGAGCAUACAGAUUACUUUUCAUGAAGAAAAGAAUCAGAAACAGUCUCUAAAAGAUGGGAUUUUAUGUGCCCAAUCAUACCCACCAGGUUACACUAUCAUAUUACUUUUGGUGUGUGCCAAUACAGACCAGGUAUGUAAAAAGCUGACUGCAGUUUGACCAGUCGAACAGGCUGUGCAGCUCAGAUAGGAGCUCUGUUUGUCAGCUAUGGCUUUUUUCAUCCCUUUCUUUUGCAAGGUGUCAGAUAAUAUAAUAAUAAUAGAUAUGGCUAUAAUAGAUAAUAAUAGAUAAUUCCAGUUUCUGGACCAGACUCUGUAGCCAUCAAAUCCCAGUAACUUUUGAAAAGCAAUAAGCAGCUUUUUCAUUGAUUUAAAUGAUCUAGGCCAUUAAAAGGAGAAAGAUGUGGACCUACGAACUGACAAGCAUACUUUUGGCAAUUGUUAUUUCUUCUGUCUACAAUUUAGCAUGUAUUGCUCACUGAUACGCAAUAAAUACACAAAAUAAGAACCAUAAAACACGCUUAGGAAUAGCGUGCAUAAAAACAGCUCGUUCAGUUCUUGUAGAAAACAGCUACAAAUCUUCCUUUUAGCUCAGUGACUGCAGUUUGAAACUGAUGGACUUUUGCAUUUUAAAAAAUCCCUUAAAAUUAUGUAUUUCAUUGUGCUUUUAAUACAAAGAGUGAGAGAACAGAUCUGAGUCAAAUAGGAACUUGUUCUUGAAUAAGAUUCUGCAAGGCCAGGUAAGCACCAUCGGUUCUUUUUGUUUUCAGUGGAAGCCUUUCAGCUUCAGUAGUCAGCACCACACUUGGGUGAGCCUUUGCCUUCCAGGCAGAAAAUGCUGCUUGGAGUUAAAGUUAGUGGAGAAGUUGCCUUUACUUAAACAAAGUCCUUUGAAAGCUUCUGCAGUGUUCAAAUUGGGUAAAUUUCCAGCCUUCCAGCUGGAAGUGAACCAGAGCUCCCAAACCAUAUGGCAGUUCUUCCUUCAGAUGAAAUGUUUUAUCUCGGUUAAAAUUUACUGUCGGCUUCAUCCUACCUAAUGUCAAUGAGACAUCUGCAUGUCUAGAGAAAGGAAGGAGUUCUGAUAUGGACAUUUUGCUACUGGGUAGAGAAAAUAAUUUCUGGAAAAGAGCAGACUAAGGAUACUGCCUUUGGAAAGAAAGGAUGAAAAACAAAACUGACAUUAGUAAUGAUGAAGAAGGAGAUUUGAAGGAACAGCUGGCAUUCAUGAAGUGAGAAAUCUAAAUACAAACAGUGUAUUAAACAAACAUUGCAACUGAUACUCUUUGACUGCAAAGUUGAUGGGGUUUUAUGGACGAAUCUAGGGUAUGAACUUACUCUAAUCAGCAUUGUACUGUUCAUUUGCACUGAAGCAACCUGUACUGUUUGACUGAAAGAAGGGUAGACUUUGGUGAUGUCUGCUUGCAUCAGCUGUAAUGCUCUGAAGCUCACUGCCCUUUUGGGAGCACGCUAAAUUGGCAACCAUGCUACUGAGCAUUCAGCACCUUGAAUCCAUCCACGUGCCAGGCAGAUUUUCCCACAUUUACACCAAUACUUGCUCCCCAGUGGAAAACAAAUGUCCACAAAUCAUCAGCUUCCUUUGUGCUGUUACUUCUGAAGGGUUUCUAAUUAACAUACUGUAAAAGGCAAUUUUUCCUCUCCAUGUCUAAUACAUAUGACAGGUUGGUCAAAUCCUCAGCUUUAGAUUAAUUAUAUAUAAUUUUAUUAAUCUUCUCAACACUUCUUCCUGCUGCUGUUCUUUACGCUCAGAAUGAAACCAUGUUCUGCUGUAUGUUCCUGCCACGUAUUAAAGGUAGGAGGCAGGCAUCACUUUCUUGUGAAUUUUUUUCCUUUUAUAAACUUUUGUGAGGCUUUCAGAGUGUUCUUGAGUGUUAGCAUCUAUCUUGAGCACCUGGAUGAGAGGGGAGAAUUGUGAAGUGCUGCAGAGAUAGAAAAAAAACCCAACAGGCAGAGACUAGGAGGGUUCAGGACAAUUGUAAGCAAAGAUAUGUGGAAAAGUUAGAUCUAAAUGUAGAGGGAAAACUGUUGUAUUCACCUGUUAUUUCCUUCCACAAGCAUAAGAUGAAAAAAGAAAUGCCCUCACUGAGGAUUUGAGUUCCAGAUACUGAAUGUGCCAACUCAAGUCACAGAUUCUGGUGCUGUUUAUCAAGACCACAAUAUUCUAAAAAUCAGGUUGUGUAGAAGUUAAGACACUUUUCUGUGUAGAUAUAAGGGGGAGGGAGCUGAUGAGGGUCUGAGAGCAGAUUAAGCUGAUCAUGCAAACACAGCCUGUAGCUGAGCUGCAGAAACAGAGGAUGCAUUGCUGUAAAGCAGGUGGGUCACUGUCUGUGCCCAACAGUGUGUGGUAUUACGGAUUACAAGACGACUCCUGCAGCAAAUUGAGAAUUCUUUGCCAAGCCAAAAUGGCAUGUUUUUGCGUACUUGGAUUUUAAUGAGAUUAUGCACAUGGAGUUUCAGCUGCAUCAGUCCAGAUGGCUCACCAUCUUUCAGGAGCAAGUCUGAGAACUUAGCAAGUCUGUGAGACACCCAGUGUAAGUAAUACUGCAGGACCAUCUGCCAGGAAGAGGGAAAGCUCUUCAUAGGUUGUACAGCAGGGAGGGAGCUAUGCCACCUCCAGAAAUAAGUCUGAGGUCUGUGUAGUGCUUUGUUACAUUUAGUCCACCUGUAUGGGUGAUGGGGCAAGUGACGGUACAGAGCGGCUUGUUUUGGUCCCUCCAGUAAACAAGAGCAACUAGCCCAGGCGCAGACAAAUUCACAGUUCUAGGGUAGGAAACCUUUAAUUUUACGUUGCUUUCUCAGGUAUUGGUUAAAUCCAUGCAGCGAUGGAUCCCUUAGCAGCUAAAUGCUCUAAUUCCCUUAUCCCAGGUCAAACUGCUGUGACACUAAAAGAAGCACUGUGGAGCCUGGUCCUUAGAGGUCUACCAGCAUCAUGCCUCCUCUUGCUGCAGCUACCUUGAUUGCCCAUCACUUAUAUCUGACCUUGCUGAUACUUCCCUAGUCACUUACAAAGCUGUGAGCUUGUGAUUCUGCAGUUCCCCCAUUCGCAGGCACCAUCCUGUAUGUGUACUAUAGGUUUUCCUUGCUUCUCAUUAGGAAUUGGGAAUUACUGCAGUAGAAUAUGGCAAAUCAUUUAUUUUUAUACUUGGAUAAGGGUAGUUUAGAUUGAAUGCAAUGUGUUUGAUCAGCCAAAACGAUUUUUGAUUCAGAAGAUAAUUUUUGAAUGUAAGGAAUAUAAGAUUCCUAGACAAGUGUCUGUCACGAACAUUUGCAAGAGCAACCAAUGAUUCUUUAGUUGAACAGAAGUUUCUAAAGGAUAUAAACGAGACUAGCAACAGCCUCCUCCUACUGCUUAACCCCCUUCCAGGGAUCACUGCUCCAGGGAGAGGUUUUCUCCCAGCAAGAGUCAGAGCAAGUAGGAACCUGUUCUUCCCUGCUUGGAGGUCUCCAGAUCUCAGGGUGACAUGUGUGCAUGUAGGGAACCAAGCUUCAAGCUCAUUCCUCUGCCUGUGCUGUGGCAGGUGUGAGUACUGAGCCCUGCCACAAGUAGGAGGCACAGACACACCAUAACCCCCUGUAUUUUCCCCUGAGGAAAAGUCUGUACAGGAUCUGGAGAAGACAGUGUGCUUAGUGCUUUUAUGACAGUGCAUUUUAUAUUUGACAUUGUAUAGGAAGAUCUCCCCUUGGAGAUCUCUCUCACCAUCCCAAAGGAUGACUGAAUUGUGGGCAUACCGUGGGAAAGGACUAAGUGUGUGUGACAGUGCACCUCAGUCAUCCUUUAUUGGCAAUAGAAAAUGAAGGUUCAAACUAAAGCCUGGCUCUGCAGAAUGCUGAUUAAAGAAAAAGUGCUUUGCAGUGUUUAUCCAGAAAGACACAAAAUCCGUCAGGAUUUCUUGCAGGGACCUCAUCUUCAAGGGUUGAUGUAACUGUAGGUUGUAACUACAACAAAAAGUACAUCAGGAUUUGGAUGCUGGCAGGAAGUUUGUGGAUGUGUUGCUGUACAAGGAGGUUUAUAUGAGCUCAGUGGUAAUGUGCCCAUCUGAAGGCACUGAUUGCCAGGCACAUAUUGGACUGAAGACAGAGGAGCUGCAGUGUUAUGAGAUUAGAGGCCAAGGGAGGGAAGUGGAAAUGUGAGCAGUGGGGACUGCAGAGGUUGGUCCUUUUUCAUCCUACACAUGUAGCAACCCAGUGCUUUUCCAGCUUUCUUUAUCAUGUUUCUCCUUCAUUCUCCUUCCUAUUGUGCAUGAUGAGUUGAACAGAAAAGUAUCCCUACAGAUUACUAGCUCAAAACCAGAGCAGGCCACCACUGUGUAAAAAUGUGGAUUGUGCCACGGUACCCGUAUUAAAUCACAGAAUCAUAGAAUCACCAAGGUUGGAAAAGACCUACAAGAUCAUCCAAUCCAACCAAUAUUUCCUACUAACAAUGUCCCUCAGGACAACAUCCAAAUGCAUCAGUUGUCUCAGUCUCAAGGCAUUUUAGCCACAUUUCCUUCACAGGCAAAGCAGCCAUUCCUGUUAAAGCAAGUAACACAUGUUCAAGUACUUCAGAAAGAGAAGAUAUAGAGUCGCCUAUUAUUUUCUUGCUAUAAUUUGUUUUCUACACAAAGCUGUAUGAUUUAGGCACUGAAAGCACGCCGACGAGCACCCACUUUAUUCUUUCCAGUCUUUAAUUCCUUUGUGAAUUCUUUUCAAGCAUUCAGAUUAAUGUAUUUAUGGUCCAUUUCAUUCCAUUUCAGCUAAGUGGUCUAUUUCUGCCAUUGAAUCUUGUAUAAGUUUUAUUUGUAAAGUGAUAUUUAGCUGCAUUACUUUGAACAGCUUUAAAAGUAUAAUGCCUUCGAAUGCUGUAGCUAAAGUAUACCCUUGAAAUGAUGUCUUAGAAGUUGAACUGUAUACUUUGGAGCUGUUGUUUCUAUUGUAACUCCCGAAAGCAUCACGGAGUGCUUUCGUCGCUAUGUCUGUCUCCUCCUUUCUGUGUAACAGCGUGUGUUUAUUUCCUCACUAGCUUGAUAUUCUUCAGUCUGAAGGCCCCAGUAGGCAAACACAGGAAUCCUGUGCCUCAGCUGAUGGGGGGUCCCAGAGCUGAGGAGGGGUUCUCGUAUGGGCAAAGUUGCUCACAGAAGUGUUUGCAGAGCAAGGCUUUCGUUUAGUAAUGGAUGGUAGUUGUGAGGACACAUGGUUAAUAACAGCACCAAGACACCCAGAAAUGGGGUCAGCGCUUAUUGACGAUAUGGACACCUAUAUCUGCAAGUUAUUUGACAUUAACCUAAAUUAUUCUUAUUGUAAUUCAGUAUAUUAUUUCUUAGGAAAACACACUAGUCCUGUGAAAGGGUAGUUGCCAAAAAUGUGUCGAGUCUUGCUGCUUAAUCGUUUAUUUGCAUUUAGUGUACAUUUGUGUUGUUGAAGUGAAGCUACUUCUAUAGAGAAGCAGAGAGUUAGAUCAGUCAAAAGACAAGUUUUAAAUAAGCUUCAUACUGUACCUAGAGUAGUACGUGUGUUCAGAUGUAGUAUUUUUAUGCUUUAGGGUAUUUUUGUUUGUUUUAAUAUGUAAAAGAAUAAGCAGAUUACUUUGAAAUGCUACGGUAGAGCUGAUUUUAUCCAUAGUGGGGGAUGGUUGUCUGAAAAGUUACAAUUAGAAAGUGUUCCAUAGGCCGCCUUUGGCUUUAUCUUGUCUGUAGUCGUUCCAGCAGGUAUCUGUAGAUUCCCGAUGCUGAAACCAGGGGCCACGUUUGUGUGGUGCCUCGUAACCGAAGUACAUUUGUUGCAGCAAUCAAACUGCCCAUCAGGAUUAAAGAAAAGAUUGCCGACUCUACAAAAGCAUAAAGGCAGCAAAUGUCGAUAUCUUGUGUGUGUGUGCGUGGCAUGAAAUAGGAUCGGGGUAUCAAAGUAAUUAAAAUCAUUUAGCGUGAUCUACUCUUGUUGUAACUCCGCUGACUACAAUUAAUUUAAACCAAGAAUUUCACCAUGCGAAUCUGCAAAUUCCAGUGUCGGGCAGCUCAGGUCUAUAUAGGGACACUUAAGCUUCAUGCUAUAUAAAUGGUAAUGUGUGACAAAAACUAUUAACUCUAGUUAAUAUUAUUUCUCUCACGGUUUCUGUUCAUUUCUUUUUUUAUACAAAAGUUGGGAAGUGUGCUUCCUUGUGGCAUUGGGAUGUGUGAAGAUAAGUGUGAUGCUGGUGCAGAAAUGUACCAGAAGCCAGGUUCACUUCUGACUGCUCAGACACCCCACGCGUGCCUACUUACAUGUCACAAAUCCCACUGAAGUUAAUAGAACUUCAUAAAGUGAAGCCUGUUUGUAACCCUUCUGGGAUACUGCUUUGGGAAUCUGCAAGAUAAGAUACAGUCUCCAAAGGCAAUAGUAAAACUUGUGCUUUCGGGUUUACAGCAUGCUAUGAACAGGGAGGACAGCUUGUGAGACACUUCCAGGGUAACUUCAUUCAUUGAUAUUACACCAGGCUGACAUCAAAAUCUGCCUCAGUGCCUUAAUUUCUCAGUAUGAUUUUAUAACAAAAUCAAGAAGUGAAAAGGACAUCUGACGCUAUUUGGCUUCUGUUGUGUUCUUUUCGUUAUGCCACGUGCUCUGGAGAUGGCUGGGGUUUGAUUAUCCAAGGGAAUCAUGCAAAGCAGUUUCAGAUGUUUUCCUUCCUUCACCUUAGGACACGUAACUGCUGGUGGAAGGCAGCGCGGUCCCGCUGAGCUCCGUCACUUUACCUACACAGGCAGUAGGAUUUUAUUGUGCAAGGUGGAAAGUUACCUAUGGUGCAAAGUGUACUACCUAGACUACCAUGGAUACCUAUUCACAGGACAUGAUUUCACUGUAUCACUUCAUACUUGAAAUUCACGAUGUUCUUUUAAUCAGGGUACAAACACGAAAAGGUGCGUGUGUUACUGUUUCUUUUAAAGGUGCAUCAUUAUUUUUAUUCUGUGUGCUUAGUGAUUACGAUUCAGUGUUCUUUACCUUCUUUUUGUUCAGCAUUAAGAUCAGCUCUGUGCGAAACGCGGUAUCGCCCACAGAGGUACAGGAAGGUGUAACGUACAUACGCUGGCUUGCCUUGUGCUUGCAAAUAUACACCAAGGGGUUACAUAACGCAAACUGUGGUAAAUAAAAAUAUUGCACCAUUGCUGUACGUGAGCUCUCGCAGCCUCUCUCUUCUUGCACAGCUGCUGAUUACCAUAAACGCAUUGGGAAAAAAAAAACUAUGUUUCUGCUGUACAGAAUGGCUGGGAAACAAUGCCGACACUUUGGACGCUCUCGAGCUCUCUUUGCAAGCUUUCAGACAAAGCCCUUUGAUCUCACUGCAUGCCUGCUCUGUGUCCCAGAUCUCACCCUGGGAGGCUUUCUGCUUUAGGAACACCCUCCGCUGGGGCUGCUUUACAUUGACUGCAUUGAAGUUCAUCGGAGCGUACUCUUCCAAGCAUGCACCUUACCACAUAACAUAUUCUCUAGCUUUUACGAGUCUGUAAAGAUGGUGGACUGCAAAAAUACUCACAUGUCAAUACGGCAAAGUUAAAUUAAGGCACACAGAAGGUCGUCAAUGUAUUAUAUCAGAAUUACAGUCCUUUGGAACUGAACGUUUUGCUGCUGGCAGUGCAAGAAAAGCAAAGUUGUGUAUUUAUUGUGGGUGCUGAGGGUUCAGUAUGAAAAUCGAUAUAAUAAAAAUGUUCAUGGCAUCAA